AUGAAGAUACUCCUUGCUACGGUAGCAGCCCUUGCCGCUUUGGUUCUUGCCAAACCGGACGCUGGACCGUUGAACGAGGACGUUGUGAUCAGCAACGGCGCCAUCAGGGGCAAUGCAAGAGAUGCUGAUGGCAUCCUCAAUUACAAAGGCAUUCGCUUUGCUCAGCCGCCUGUCGGCAACUUGCGAUGGCGCAGCCCCGAAUCUCCAAUAAACUUCGACGGUACUUUCAACGCCACUGCAUAUGGCCCGUCUUGCUACGCAAGCACCAUUCCAGCGAUCCCUCAUGCUACGCCUCCCAGUGAGGACUGUCUGAACCUCAACAUUUGGACAGGUGCUCAACGAAACAAUGAAAAACGACCGGUCAUGUUCUGGAUACACGGGGGGGGCUUCGAGUUCGGUAGCGGUUCCCUCCCCACCUAUGAAGGUACGCGAUUGGCGCAAGAGGGAGUUGUUGUUGUCACCUUCAACUACCGACUGGGAGUCUUUGGCUUUCUGGCUCUAGACGAAUUGGACAAAGAAGGAUCGAACUCGGGAAACUUUGGCCUGCAGGAUUCUUUGGCAGCCCUGAAGUGGGUCAAGAAAAACAUUGCUGCGUUCGGUGGUGACCCCAACAACAUCACCAUCUUCGGCGAGUCUGCGGGUGCCCACGCUGUAGGUCUUCUCAUGGCCUCGCCACUAUCAAAGGGUCUCUUUCAGAAGGCUAUCAUGGAAAGCGGUGCGCUUUGGGACAGCGGAGCAGGCCCAUUAGAGACGUUCACGCAAGCGAGAGCCCGGGGAGCAGCCUUCGAGGCGGAGCUGACAGCACCAAACGUCGCCGCCCUGCGCGUUCUUCCAGCUGACACCAUCAUUGCAGCAGCCCCAUGGUUGGUUACUAAGGAUCCAAAACUGGCAGCCUUUGCACCGAACCUGGACAAUUACGUUUUGAAAGCCAACGCAGGGACGGUCUUCAGCACUGGUAAACAAGCAAAAGUCCCCUUGCUGGCUGGAUGGAAUGCCAACGAAGGUCAAACAUUCGCAUCUUAUGGAAUACCAGCUUUGACCCAACAGCAGUUUGAGACCGGUGCGAAGAUGUAUUUUGGACCAACUGUUCCAAUCCCGUUCAGGCGUCUGUACCCGGACACUACUGCAGCCGAACGCAACCAGUCUGCCAUUGACCUUGCUGGGGACAUGGUCAUUCGCGAGCAGAUCUAUACUGUUCUCGAACUGCAGCGUCGUACUGCAAGUCUUCCACCCAAUUCACUCUGGGCGUACCAAUUCAACUUUACCUCCCCAUUCACGCCUAAUCCCGUGCAUACUACGGAGUUGCCUUACAUUUUCGGCAAUUUCGUGCCAAACCCUGCGGUGGCUCCCGUGCAAGGACCACCCUCAGCAGCAGACGAAGCCUUCAGCGCAACUCUGCGCAAGUACUGGUCCAACUUUGCGAAAACCGGCAAUCCGAACGGGAAUGGUGUACCAACCUGGCCGGCAUAUGGCGGCUCUGGUCUCAAUGUCCAAGGCUUGAGUAACGCGAUCAAACCAUUCAACUACGACAUAUCCCGGUACACGUAUAUAGCCGGCUUUCGUACAAACGGUGCCCUUCCUGAGUCUUGGAAGACCAUGAAUCCCAGCGGAAUUCCAGCUUAA